AGCAGCUCCUACUCCAGAAGAGCUCCAUUUAUAGCUUUCGGUUUCGCAUCGGGCCAAAACAACAAGUUUCGUGCUGCGUGACAAAGACUCUUGCGAAUCUCCCCGUCCGAGUGUGUAUUCUGUGUGUGUGUGUCGAGUGGAUAAUUGGCAAAACAACCAACAAUAGAAAACGGCAACAAAAGACGACCGACCGCUCCAGAGUGGCUUUGAUUGUGCACAAACAAAGUAACGCCGUCUUCGGAGUUGAAAGAAACUCAUCCAACUGGCGUGGCAGGCCGUGGAAAACGAUUUCAAAGUGUAUAAUUUCCACGAGGCAUUCCCCCUCCCCUGCCCUCCCCCAUCGAACUUAAUUUGGCAUUGAAUCAGGAAAGAUGUCGAGCUUAAGCAAAACCUCCUUUGCCCUGAUGCGGCGCUCCACUUACACGGCCUCGGCCACCUCGACGAUGCUGCCGCAUCCGGGCACUGGGGCCGGUGCGGGCGUGGAUGGUGGCGCCCCACCGAAUGGCGUGGGAGUGGCAACGGAAAUUGAAAAAUCCAUUGCACGGCAACGACUGCGACAGGGGUACACGGAGACGGUGCCGGCAAAUCAGAAGAAAUUAAAUGUCAGCCACAUGGCGGACCCUACAGCCGCAAUGGAAAAAGCGACAGCAACCAGACCCGCGUCCUCGACAGCCGGUGUGCGGCCCUACUCGGAGGUGCCUGGACCAUAUCCUUUACCCCUGAUAGGCAAUUCCUGGCGCUUCGCACCGCUAAUUGGAACGUACAAGAUUAGCGAACUGGACAAGGUUAUGAAUGAGCUGAAUGUCAACUACGGGAAAAUGGCCAAGGUGGGUGGCCUGAUUGGGCAUCCGGAUCUGCUGUUCGUCUUUGACGGCGACGAGAUACGAAACAUAUUCAAGAAGGAGGAGGCCAUGCCGCAUCGACCCUCGAUGCCCUCGCUGCGCCAUUACAAGGGCGACCUGCGACGCGAUUUCUUUGGCGAUGUGGCCGGCCUAAUUGGCGUGCACGGACCCAAGUGGGAGGCCUUCAGGCAGGAGGUGCAGCACAUCCUGCUGCAGCCACAAACGGCCAAGAAGUACAUUCCGCCGCUGAACGACAUUGCCAGUGAAUUUAUGGGCCGCAUUGAGGCGAUGCGCGACGAGAACGACGAGCUGCCAUCCAAUUUCCUGCACGAGCUCUACAAAUGGGCCCUGGAAUCUGUUGGACGCGUCUCGCUGGACACGCGCCUGGGCUGUCUCUCGCCGGCGGGCAGCGAGGAGGCCCAACAGAUUAUCGAUGCCAUCAACACGUUCUUCUGGGCGGUGCCAGAGCUGGAGCUGCGCAUGCCGCUGUGGCGCAUCUACCCCACCAAGGCCUACCGCAGCUUUGUCCGUGCUCUGGAUCAGUUUACAGCAAUCUGCAUGAAGAACAUCGCACAGACAAUGGACAAGGCUGAGGCAGACGAGGCCAGAGCGCUGCCCAAGUCUGAGGCGGAUAUUUCCAUUGUGGAGAGAAUUGUGCGAAAGACGGGCAACCGCAAGCUGGCCGCUAUCUUGGCUCUGGAUUUGUUCCUCGUCGGUGUCGACACAACAUCGGUGGCCGCCUCCUCAACCAUCUAUCAGCUGGCCAAGAAUCCCGACAAGCAGAAGCGCCUCUUCGAGGAGCUGCAAAAAGUGUUCCCACAUCGCGAGGCGGAGAUCAACCAGAACGUUCUCGAACAGAUGCCCUAUCUGCGGGCCUGUGUCAAGGAGACGCUGCGCAUGCGUCCCGUGGUGAUUGCGAAUGGUCGCAGCCUUCAGUCGGACGCGGUCAUCAACGGCUAUCACGUACCCAAGGGCACGCACGUCAUCUUCCCCCAUCUGGUGGUGUCCAAUGAUCCCGCAUAUUUCCCAGAGCCUAAGCGCUUCCUGCCCGAGCGUUGGCUCAAACAAACAGCUGCCGCGGCAGUUGGUUGCCCCCACGCCGGGCACAAGAUUCAUCCGUUUGUCAGUCUGCCCUUCGGCUUUGGCCGCCGCAUGUGCGUGGGUCGUCGCUUUGCUGAAAUUGAAUUGCACACGCUGCUGGCCAAGAUCUUCCGCAAAUACAAGGUCUCGUACAGUUCCGGGGAGUUUGUGUAUCGCGUCAAUUCCACAUACAUUCCGCAGUCCCCGCUGAAUUUCAAGCUAACCCUGCGGGAGGAUUAGGCCAGACACUGCCUGGCACGGAUGUCCCUGAACGAGUGAGAGACACGUCGGUUGUGUGUGAUAUUUAUAGUCGUAGCGCACUCUCCCGACGUUUUGUUUAACUAAGCAAAUGUACAUAAAGUCCAACAAGCACGCCCAACAUUUCACGUCUAGCUGAAUAAAUCGUGUAAAUAUAAACCUUAGGAAUAAGUGUAAAUAUGUAUCCGAACCCGACUAACUUUUG